AUGAAGAUCUCCUGCUUUCUGCUGCUGGUCCUCUCUCUGUCCUGCUUCCAGAUCAACCCAUUUGCUGUCCUUGACACAAGAGUAUGUAUUGAGAAGAGAAACACCUGUCACAUAGUCCAGUGCCCAAGAUUUCGUGAUGUAGUCGGCACCUGUUAUGAGGGAAAAGGCAAGUGUUGCCACCAAUACUUCUGA